AAGCACCCUGCGGGUGAUCGGGCAGCGCCUGGCCCCACGGCGAGCUCUGUGCACUCCAGCUGCUGCAGAGAUCGGUCGGUUCUUCGUGUCUCCGGGUCGUGCUCAGCCUCCGCGUCCCGCCGCCCGCACCGGUCUCCUCCAGCACCUGCACCUGUCUCGCGCACCCCGCGGUGCGCCCCGGCCCGCCGGCACCUGCCACGCGCACUGAUCUCAGGGCGCACCAGCAUCCCGGCCCCAGCAUGGCGGACCAGGCCCCCUUCGACACGAAUAUCAGCACCGUGACCCGCUUCGUCAUGGAGGAGGGCAGGAAGGCCAGCGGCACGGGCGAGAUGACCCAGCUGCUCAACUCGCUCUGCACCGCCGUCAAAGCCAUUUCCUCCGCCGUGCGGAAGGCGGGCAUCGCGCAGCUCUAUGGCAUUGCUGGAUCCACCAAUGUGACAGGUGACCAAGUUAAGAAGCUGGAUGUCCUCUCCAAUGACCUGGUUGUGAACAUGCUAAAGUCGUCCUUCGCCACAUGUGUUCUUGUAUCUGAAGAAGAUAAACAGGCCAUAAUCGUAGAAGCUGACAAGAGGGGUAAAUAUGUGGUCUGUUUUGAUCCACUUGAUGGCUCUUCCAACAUUGACUGCCUUGUGUCCAUCGGAACCAUCUUUGGCAUCUACAGAAAGAAAUCCACUGGUGAGCCUUCCGAGAAGGAUGCUCUGCAGCCGGGCCGGAACCUGGUGGCUGCGGGCUACGCUCUCUAUGGUAGUGCUACCAUGUUGGUCCUGGCCAUGGAGAGUGGUGUGAACUGCUUCAUGCUGGACCCGAGCAUCGGAGAAUUCAUUUUGGUGGACAAGAAUGUGAAGAUCAAAAAGAAAGGGAACAUCUACAGCCUUAAUGAGGGCUAUGCCAAGGACUUUGACCCUGCCAUCACUGAGUAUCUCCAGAGGAAAAAGUUUCCUCCAGAUAACUCAGCUCCAUAUGGUGCUCGGUACGUGGGCUCCAUGGUGGCUGACGUUCACCGCACUCUUGUCUAUGGUGGGAUCUUUUUGUACCCUGCUAACAAGAAGAGCCCCAGUGGGAAGUUGAGACUGCUGUAUGAAUGUAACCCUAUGGCCUAUGUCAUGGAGAAGGCAGGGGGGCUGGCUACUACUGGGAAGCAAGCUAUAUUAGAUAUCGUUCCCACGGAUAUCCAUCAGAGGGCGCCAGUCAUCCUGGGGUCCCCCGAUGAUGUCAUGGAAUUCCUGGAGAUAUAUAAGAAGCAUGCUGCCAAAUGAAGAGAUGGCCUCGCUCACCUCUCCCCACCGCCAAAGAAUUAUCUUUCAUGCAUCUGGACCUUUGAUCUCAGAGGGCACUACCCAACUCUGAUUGUGCCUUGUACAUUCCUAGACAGCCUGAAUAUUUUUACUAUCCAAUGUCUGAUGCUUCCAAAUCCAAAUGCUAUCUCUGUAAUGCCACAGGUGGGCAAGUAUAUUUUAAGUGAAUGGCAAAAGAAACAUAUUCUUCCUUUGUAAAAGAAGUCUUGACUGCUUUGUGUCAAAUAAUGAUAAAAACACAUAGAACAAAUGCAUUAGACAACUCAUUUA